AUGCCCUCUCUUGUGCCCUACAAACCCGGGGAUUGGGUCAGUGUCCGCACAACCCUGCCGACGCUUCCUCAAAGUUCGGGCCGCCCACACAGAACCACGCCGCGGCUCGUCUUGCGGCCGUUCAUCCACUCCGACCUCGAUGCCUUGUACACGCUUCGCCAGCAACCUCAGGUGAUGCAUUGGACUACCGCCGGGCGAGUCGAUAUAGACAGGGAGGAGGCUGCAAGGAAACUCGCGCUCUUCCUCCCGCCCAACGACACCAAGACUUUCAACUGCGCCAUCUGCCUGAGGGAUACAGGCGAGUUGAUCGGCCAGGGAGGCGUGCAUGCCUUUGAGCAGCCGCCUGACGACGCCGCCGCCGGGCCACAGCUCGGCUGGCCCGAGGUGGGUUAUAUGAUCCGGAAGGAGCACUGGGGCAAGGGCAUAGCUACGGAGUUCCUGGCGGCAUUCUUGGACAUGUGGACGCGCCUGCCCCGGGAGGGAGUGGUUGGGAGGAAGGUGACAGCCAGCUCGGUGGGUGCCGCUGGCGGGGCGGCGACGGUGGUGGAUGAGCAGCUCGUGGCGGUCAUAGACGCUGCAAAUGGUGCGAGUCAGAAGAUCCUGGAGAGGUGUGGGUUUGAGAGCUUCAUGUCGCUCAGGGAUGUCGACAUGCGUGCUCCGGACAAGAUGAUUGACCUGGUCGCCUACCGAUACUUUCCCAAUGCCACAAGGUGA